AUGAAACUUUUGUCUUCCUUGCUAUCAGCAGCGCUGGGCGACAUCUACCUCCACUUUCCAAGAGGCUCCAACAAUCGCCUAAACGAGCAUACAGAAAAUCGAGCAAAUGCGAAUCGCCUCUAUGACUCGGAAAACAACAAUCAGGGAGGAUACAAUGUCGGUGACAAGACUGAUCUUGAGGCAGAAGAUAUGAGCGGCCAAUCGAAAGCUGUCUACUUCCAGUCGGGAUCAUCACCAUCGGAAUUGACGCUAGAAUGGACAAAUCAACACGGCUGUGGGAGAAAAGGGGCCAACGAUGCGAAUUGGGUCGACUGUUCGUACACAAUCCAGUACAUGUGCCAGCCUGUCGGCUCCAGUAGCAUCCAAAACGGAUUCGACACCGAAACAUCCACCUAUACUCCUCCGCCAGACAUGGGCAUGGAAAGCGAACAAGCAUAUCUCGACCGAAUGGUCUACGAUGCCGAGCGAUCAGCAGACAAGGGCAUCCACGAGUCCUGGCACUACUACGACAACUGCUACAAACGAGAGCGAAAUCGAGGUCUCUUCGUUGCCGAUCAAAAUCGAAAUCGAGACCGAGGAGCCACGCGAACUCGGCAAAACCCAGCUGGAAAUCAAUAUGGCUACGAGUGCCCUGAAGAACGGGAUUACUAUCCUUACUGGCACCCUUCACCGUGGGUCGACAUUGCUUAUCUGACCUCAGAAACCGGACAGUGUCCAGAAAUUGCGGAAAACUCUGGAAAUCGAGCGCCAAAGAAUCUUUGCGUCCAGUAUUAUGAGGAAUCCGACAUCAGAAUGCCUUCCAUGGCUAACCACGAGGAAGCCUGCUUAGCCGUUGGAGGCGAGUGGACAAGCUUUUACAACUACCAAGAGAUCAUCAACGAGAUCGAAUCGGAACAAGAAUGCAUGGACAAAGCUGGAGACAUUGGAAAAGUCUACGGAGAUGACAUGCUCUGGGCUUUUCCUUUCUUUGACAAUGAAAUGGUAGCACCUGAAGAGAAAUGCCUCAUUUUCGCACCAGAAAUAAUUUGUCAGAAAGCAGAGUACACGAGAGCCAAUCAUCUUGGAAACACAAAAGCCGUUGAAUCACCAUCCUUCACAUGGACUCUUCCGAAUUUCUACAGCGAAGAAACGCGCGACUGCGCUCUUCGAGUUCGAUACAACAUCACAACCAACGAUUACCCCGAUGAGUUUGACUCUCGAAACACGGAAAGCUACUAUGACAUUCUCAAGCUUGAUAACGAUCCAACCGUAACAAUGUUUGACAACCUCGAGUUGCAGCUCGCCAUCAACACCGCCCAAGUGUCUCGAGUCUUCCAAGACCGAUCUCAUUUGUUUCAAAUCGCCCCCCGUCCGGCCGAAGUUGAUGAUGACCGAAAAAUCGUCAACGUCGGUGUUCGAGGACGACGAGGGAAUAUUGUUCAAGCCUACCCAUCUGUCGAAUACGAUUUCUCUCCUCAGAACUUGGAAGUUACAUCCGAAGAUCUUGUCCACAUCCAAUGGGAGGGCAGCAACACUAAUCCCGCUUCAGAUGGCGAAGGUCGAGAACAUACCGAUAGAAAUAACUGGGUGCCAAUGGUCGUUCCUGGCGCCAGUAUUCCAUUUGGCGAGCCAAACCCUGGCUCUCCUGAAACCUUUUCAUUCGUUGAAAACGGCGAAACAAUAACUUUGGAGGCGAACCGAUUCAACAACGUCCAGGCGAAGGAAUUGAAAACUCUCUGCGAGUCGAUUGACUCAACGAUCCCAGUACCGACGAGUCAAGAAUACAAUGACGCUCUUGAGGCAUUCAACAGAAAAGCGAAUGGAAACUCGAGAGGAAACUUCUUCCUCGGCAUAAGCGAUGAAGAAGAAGAAGGAGAAUGGCUCGACAUGCACUCAGGAAAGCCCAUCAGCUAUUUCAACUGGCGACGAAAUCGACCCAACAACAAAGAUGGCGCCGAGCACUAUGCUUUCAUGAUCAGCAACGGACAAUGGGAAGACGUCGAGGAGGGUCGAACCGUCAGCGGCGCCAUCUGUGUCCGACCCUUUGUUCCUAAAGAAUACCAGCUUCCGGAUAUGAUCGAAGAAUGGGUCUGGACAAGCGUCGAUGGAGUAGACAAGUCUGAAACUGAUAAUUUUUACGUCCAAAUGGCUUCAUCCGGCUAUUACGGAUGUAAAGAUGACGGAACCUGUGAUCGAGCACUCAACGACGAAGAUCUUACGAAAAUGAACGCGAAGCUGAACAACGCUCCAGCUCAGUUCCUUGGAAAUAUCGUCCGAUUCAAGUCAGGAAAUCAUCAAGCCAUGUGCACAAGAAACAACAACUUUUCUAACCGUGCUCAGAAGACUGAUAUUACUGUCAUUUAA